GGUUAGCUAGCUCAUUGACACGGCGGGGUUCUUAUCCUGAGGGUGGGCAGCUUGGUUUUGCCGCCGGCCGUGUCGACGUCCGUCCGGCUUCGAUCUGUCCUCCCGUACGUGCACAGGCACCUCUCUUGGUGUCCCAACCAAGGCUCGUUCCGUGCACCUGCAGCCAUGCUGCGCUGCAGCGGCGACCGCGUCGUCAUUGUCGGCGGUGGCAUCGCCGGCGCCCUCCUCGCCAAGACGCUCCAAAACCACGCCGACGUGGUCCUCAUCGACCCGAAGGAGUACUUCGAGAUCCCGUGGGCGAACUUGCGCGCCAAGGUGGACCCGACGGUGGUGGAGCGCACCGUGAUCCCGCACGCGGACUACCUCACCGACGCCAAGGUAGUGACGGCCAAGGCGGUCGGCGUCGAUGACUCCGUCGUUCUCACCUCCAUCGGCCGCACCGUCGGCUACGACUUCCUGGUCAUCGCCACGGGCCGCACAUGCACCCGCCCCCAGAGCCGCCCCGACCGGCUCGAGAUGUUCCACCGCGACAAGGACCGGAUCGCCGCCGCUAACUCCGUGCUCAUCAUCGGCGGCGGGCCCAUCGGGGUCGAACUCGCGGCGGAGAUCAUCAUGGACAGCCCCGACAAGCGCGUCACCCUCGUCCACGGCGGGCCUCGGCUGCUCAUGGUGAUGAGCCCCCGCGCGUCGGCCAAGGCGCUCGAGUGGCUCCGCUCCAAGAACGUCACCGUGCUGCUGGACCAGACCAUCGACAUAGACGUCGUCGGCACCGGCGACGGUUACGACGGACUGCGCGAAUUCACGACGUCCGCCGGGGAGACGGUGUCCGCCGACUGCCACUUCGUGUGCACGGGCCGGCCCGUCGCGUCCGGGUGGCUGCGGGACACGUUCCUCGGGGAAUACAUGGACGCCGAGGGCAGGCUGGUGGUGGACGAGCACCUGCGCGUGGGCAGGCUCAAGAAUGUGUUCGCGAUCGGCGACAUCACCGACGUGCCGGAGGCGAAGCAGGGGUACCUGGCGCAAAGGCACGCCAUGGUGGUGUCCAGGAACCUGCGGCUGCUGCUCAAGUGCGACGGGCCGGAACAUAAGCUGCACCGAUACAAGGCAUCCAAGGCCAACAUCACCGUCACGCUCGGCCGCCGCGACGCCGUGUCGGAGCUGCCCUUCAUGUCGCUCAUCGGCCACAUCCCCGGCGUCGUCAAGCCACGGGACCUCUACGUGUCGCGGACGCGAAGGAUGAUGGGGAUAAAGUAGGAACGGCGGAAUCCUCAUCGAGCGAUCCCUAUUAUUGCGCUGGUGCGGAAACGGUCCAACGGCAUCGAUUCAUCAGUUGAUGGUCCGACACUCUCGUCACAUCGAUCUCAUCUCUUGCUCCGUCAUAGAAAUCUCUGACACUGUGGAGUCAUACAUACGUUGUUCAUACUGUAAAAGAUGAAGCAAAUUAAUACUACCCCUGCAACCAAAAGUACAAAAUUA